AUGCCACUGAAACAGUCGCCAAUGCGCUUUGCGCAUAUCAUGGGCUACACCACCUUUGUGUACGAGAAAGAUGGAGCCGCCGUUAUAAGUGUAGGCUAUGAUGGAGAUCUUCGAGUAUGGCCCGGAUUUGGCGACACAGAUCCACCGACAAUGUGUCUUGGGGAGCAUUUGUGGGCGGUGUUACAGCAUGAUGAUCGAUUGCUUCUUGCUGGCCAUCUCAACACCGUUCAGGCUUACAAGUAUCCCUCAAUGGAAAAGGAUGGAAUCGUGUUUCGCUUCACUGCCUACGUCACGAGCAUAGUAAAAAACGAACAUUAUCUGGUUGCCGGGUCCGAAGAUGCAACCAUUAAAAUAUUAACCCUCAAGAGCGGCAAACAGUAUGUACUGGACAACCUGGGAGGACCCGUGAUUAGUAUGGACGUGAGCCGGAAGAAUAUGCUUGCGGCCAGCAUGGGCAACGGAGAGAUGUGCGUUUGGAACAUGGAUACGAAAGAGUUGUUAAACACCUUUGAGGGUCUUCCAAAGGUGAAGAGCUUUGAGGUUGCUCUGUAUUUCGUAUCGCCCAGCUUUGAACCGAAAAAAGGGGCAUAUUUGGCUUACCCCGAAGGAAAUAAAGUUAUCAUCGUGAGCACCAAAAGCUGGAAGGUGGUGCGGACGCUUUCCAACAGCAAAGCUCUGUCGGACCUAACGGUUUGCUGUUACUCGCCCAAUGGCGCACUGAUUGCUGCUGGUAAUGAAUCGGGGGAAAUCACGAUAUGGAAAAGCAAAAGCGGAAAACUGAUCGAAGGGCUGAAAUCGUUCGACGACAAUCCGAUCACGAAGAUCGCGUGGAAUCCGCAGAACCAAGAGGAGCUGGCAAUUUCGGACGGGAACGGACAGAUCGGCACGGUGACCGGAAUAGUUGUCGAGUACGAUGAGGACGACAUGGAAGACGAGGAAUGCGAUAUUGUCGCGAUGGCGGAGAAGGAAGAGGAACAAGAGAAAGAAGAGCAACAAAAGAAACAAGACGGAGCAAAAGCUACCAAUGAAGAUAAAAGGGAUGGAAAAGUGGCGGCUGUGGUUACACCGGCAAUCGUGAAUCCCUGUGACGAUCCCGACGAUGAUAAUAACGAAAACUGCAUCCAGCUGGAAAAGUUGAAAUCGCAAGUCAUGGGUGGAACACAAAGGGAAACCAUGGCGUUUGCCGACUUUGGCGAUGAUGACGACGAUAGAGCCACGGUCCGAAGUGACCGCCAGCCAAAAUCAUUUCCUCAGCAGGCUUCCUUCCAACCCGGGGCCACCUCGCUGUUUUCCGAACACUGCUAUCUGGCAUACAACCAUGUCGGAAUCGUGCGACGCCACGAGACCGAUCAGGAAAGCUCCAUCGACGUAGAGUACCACAGUACGGAGCAUGGUUCCGGUUUCAAUUUACUCGGCUCUACUCACACGAUGGCCAGCCUAAGCGAAACCGUACUGGCCAUUGCAUCGCCGAGCGAAGACGGGAAGCCCAGCAAAGUGGUUUGCAUCAAUCACUUUGCUUUCGGGACACGCGAGUGGAGCUUCACGAUGCCAAAUUGCGAGGAUAUCAUCGCUGUGGCCGCUUCUGAAAAAAGUGUCAUCGUGGCUACCGAUAGCCGCUUCUUGCGUAUCUACACUGCCUAUGGAACGCAGCGGGAGAUAUUUAGCGUAGCGGGCCCGAUCGUUGCCCUGGGAGCGUACGGAGAUCACUUUCUCGUUACCUAUCACAGCGGGCCAGCGAAUGAGGAUCAACACAUCACGAUGAUGAUGGUAACGUGCGUGGGCUCGAAACUUCGCUGCCGCGAAGUACGUGUCCCGUUGUCGGCUCGUUCUGAGCUACGUUGGAUCGGCUAUACAGACCGUGGAUCGCCGGUGGUGUACGAUAGCGCCGGUGUGCUCAAUCUUUACCAUGCUCCGUCCAACCUGUGGAUGCCGAUCUUUAGUGCAGAAAACAUGAACGGUAAAAAUGCAUCGGACACUCUGUUUAUUAUCAAGGUAUCCGAGUCGACGCAGCACGUGCAAUUUUUGCAAUGCCGAGGGGCCAAGUAUCCGCUGACGUACCCCAAACCCAUUCCGAUGGAGCAAACGUUGGCGCUGCCGGUUUGCGAUAACAUUGCCGCCAAAGAUCAGCUCGAGGACGAACUAGUCCGAUUGCUGUACCUCAAGGUGGACGAUCCAGACGCAGAUUUCAAGGAAAAGUCUAUCAAAUUGUUUGUGAUGGCGUGCCACAAUGAAAGUGAAUUACGGGCAAAGGAGUUGGCGGAGAGACUUGGUUCAACCGAGUUAGUUCCGCUGUUGAUUAAAUAUGCAUCCAAAGUACGCCGUUUUCGUCUGGCAGAAGCGAUGGCCACGAUGCUGCCCGGGCUUCAAAAACAGGAAGAGCAAGAAGAAAAGGUGGAGCAGGAAAAGGAGCAAGAGAAUGUGGCCUUUGCGAGCGAACUGCAGCACAUCAAUCUUCAGGCGAUUACGAAGAAGGACACGACACCGAAAAUAAAACCGCUUCCAGUUGGCACCAAGCGGGCAAACAAUCCAUUCCGCAAGGCGACACCCGCUGGCGGCGAUGCUACAUUAUCGUCGUCGCCCGCAUCGUCGCCGGGCGGUACCAACCCGUUGGAACACUUGACCGGCAAAGCGAUCGGGUUUGCAGCCAGUCCCGGAAGCUCAAGGACAGCAUCUUCCGAGGCGGCCACCGGGACAGGGCAGGACGAAAAUCGUCCGCAAAAUGGUGCGGGCAAACGGCAGGACUCGGCUGGAGGCAAUAAGUUUCUGCCCUGGUUCGAGGAAAAUCGAACCGAGCUGCAGGGGCGCCAUCCGGAGGCUGGCGAGUCCGAGUUGAUCAAAAUCGGAAUGCGAGAGUUUCGCACCCAGCAACAGCAGCAGAAAUCAACUGCCGGAGAGGAUGGUGGUGUCGAAAGUGGCACCACCACCCCGAAGGCGGCAGAAAAGCGCAAGCUUGACGAAACGGAUCAACCCGAAAGCGGUGUCUCCAAGUUGGCCAAGUUUGGGUUCGUGAAGAAUGCUUAG